CCCCCGGGCCCCGGGUCCCGGGCUGGCCCCGCAUUCCCCGGCCCCGGCUGGCUCCCGGCUGGCUUCUCCCUGGCCUCUCCCUCCAUUUCGUGCGCUGCUCCUCCCAGCCCUGCACCUGAUUAAAGGCGCUGGUGAGGCCGUGGCCGUGAGCGAUCCUUCCUCCCCCGCCGUUCCUCCCUGCGGCCGGCGGGCUCGCGGCACCGCGCAGCCAUGACGACCUCCGCCUUGCGCCGGCAGGUGAAGAACAUCGUGCACAACUACUCGGAGGCGGAGAUCAAGGUGCGGGAGGCCACCUCCAACGACCCAUGGGGGCCCCCCAGCUCCCUGAUGUCAGAGAUCGCGGACCUCACCUUCAACACGGUGGCCUUCGCCGAGGUCAUGGGCAUGAUCUGGCGGCGGCUGAACGACAGCGGCAAGAACUGGCGCCACGUCUACAAAGCCCUCACGCUGCUGGACUACCUCAUCAAAACCGGAUCGGAGAAGGUGACCCACCAGUGCCGGGAGAACCUCUACACCAUCCAGACCCUCAAGGACUUCCAGUACGUGGACCGUGACGGCAAGGACCAAGGCAUCAACAUCCGGGAGAAGGUGAAGCAGGUCAUGGCGCUGCUCAAGGACGAGGAGAGGCUGAAGCAGGAGCGGGCGCACGCGCUGCAGACCAAGGAGCGCAUGGCCCUCGAGGGCAUGGGCAGCGGCAGCCACCAGCUCGCCUACGGCCGGCGCGCCUCGCCGUACGGCGAGGACUACGGGCGGGCGCGGGGCUCGCCGUCCUCCUUUAACUCCUCAUCCUCGUCUCCGCGGUUCGCCUCCGACCUGGAGCAGGCGAGACCCCAGACCACGGGCGAGGAGGAGCUGCAGCUGCAGCUCGCCCUGGCCAUGAGCCGCGAGGAGGCCGAGAAGAAGCCACUUCCUCCAAUUUCCAGUACAGAUGAAGAAAGGCAAUUGCAGCUAGCGCUCGCGCUGAGCAAAGAGGAGCACGAGAAGGAGGUGAGGGCUUGGCAGGGGGAGAACUCCCUGCUGCAGAGAACCUUGGAGGAGACCACACAGGGUGGGGAGGAGGAGGAGGAAGAAGAGAAGAUGAAGAAAAGCCAGUCCUCUAUUAUGGAGCUGGCAGAUAUAUUUGGGCCAGCGCCAGUCCCUCCCAGCCACACGUCUGCCGACCCGUGGGAUAUGCCAGAUCUGAAACCCAAAGCGGAGCCAGCAGCCUCCGCCUGGCCCGGCGCGGCCGACCCCUGGGUCCCGCUCCCGGCCGCGGCCGGGGACCCGCUCUCCCAGGCGACGCCGUCGUCCCACCAAACCUCCGCCGGGCCCUGGGAUUUCCCCCCUGGUGCCUCCUCCUCCUCCUCUUCCUCUGACCCUUGGGGAAAGACGCCCUUGCCUGCUGGCUUCCCUCCUGCGGACCCUUGGGUGAAGGCAUCCCCACCCGCUCAGGCUUCUUCUGGGGCUACGUCGGCUGCCGACCCCUGGGCCGCCGUCACCGAGCAGCCGCCCAACCUGGCUUCGGGGGGCGACGCUUUCGACCUGUUUGCAAAGCCGCCGGAGGCAGCCGAGCAGCCGGAGCCCGAGCGUUCGCAGCCGCCCUCCUCGGCCAAGUCCGGCAGCCCCGCUGAGCUGGACCCCUUCGGCGACCUGUUCCCCAGCGCCAAGCACGACGGGGCGAAGAGCUUCGACCUCGCCAACCUGGCGGACUCCCUGGCCGAAUCCUGCAGGGAGAGGAAGGACUGUAAAACCCCCGAGGCGUUCCUCGGCCCCGCCGCCUCCUCCCUGGUGAACCUGGACUCCCUGGUUGCCCCUCCGCAGGCGUCCAAGACGCGCAACCCUUUCCUCUCGGGUCUCAGCACGCCGUCGCCCACCAACCCGUUCAGCGUCGCCGAGCAGCCCAAGCCCACGCUCAACCAGAUGCGGACCGGCUCGCCCGUGCCCGGCCUGCCCGCCGGCGUCGCCGCCAACUCCAUGACGUACAGCGCCUCGCUGCCGCUGCCGCUGAGCAGCGUGCCCUCGGCCGCGGGCCUCCCCGCCUCCGCCAGUGCCUUCCCGCAGGCCGGGGCCGGGCCCUUUCCCGAACUCCCCAGCAACCUGCCGCAGCCUUUACUGCCGCUGAGCGGCCCGGCCGCGCCGCCGCCCUCGCACGCCGGGCUCAACCCUUUCCUCUGAGGUCCCCGGAGCGGACCGCCGGCACGGCGCGGUCUCUCUCUCUCUCGCCCCCUCCCCGGCUGUUACAGACACCCCGGCGUUUCCUCCUGCCAAGACCUCCCGGGCAACCGGCUCGCUCGCUGCGGCGGAGGACGCCGCCUUCUGCAAAGCCCUACCCCAGCACGCGCCCGGGCCGCCGGCAGAGCCAGCAUGCGCAUCCUCGCUUGACGCGCUAGAGAAGAGCCCGCUCCCGCGCGGCGGGCGAAGCGCAGCGCGAUCCGGGGCCGGCCCGCGGAGCAGCCCCCCGGCAGGGCGCCCGGGCCCCCCGCCGCGGCGCGGC